CUUCCAAAAAAAAAAAAAAAAAACCUUCAGAAUUUUUAUCUUUUUUUUCUUAAUUUUUCCGACGCUUCAGAUGCAGAACGACAGCUCGGAAUUGUCGUUUUGUCCCAGCUUUAACAGCUACUCCUCCGAUAAUAAUAAGCUCGCUGAUAUCGCUGCUGCGGUUAGCCGAGACUUUCAAAGCGAAGCCGUUUUGGAUGAUGAAGAAUUCGAGUUCGUUAAUAAUCUCUGGGAUUAUCCUGAAACGUCGUCGUUUCCAAUCUUCAAUCGCGAUCUCCUGUUGAACCGCGAGGAGGGUGAUGAUGAUAAGGUGGAAGAGGCUAUUCGGAUUCCGUUGAGGAAUUUGUUCAUGGGCGACGGAGAUCUUCCUUGGUCAUCGUCGUCGUCGGAGGCGGACGAGCUUGAAGGAGUGCCAACAGGAACGUACUGUAUUUGGAAACCGAAGCAAUCGGCAGAAUCGUCGCCGAACAGGUGUAAGAAAAGCAAGUCCACAGGGUCAUCAUCCUCGAAACGGUGGCGUUUGAUAAAGGAUUUGCUUAAGAGAAGCAACAGCGACGGCACAGUCUCGUCCUCGUCGGUUUUGUCUUUGAAUUUCGAUAAGCAAACGAUAGAGAAAAAGAAUGAAGAAAAGGUAAAUGAAAAAACAUCGACGACAAAAAAGAAAUGCGAAAGUGAAGCAGUAAAGGCGACGAAGACGAAGAAAAUCGAGAAAGCGUCGGCGCAUGAAGUUUUUUACAUGAGAAAUAAGGCGUUGAAGGAAGGCGAUAAACGGCGCUCGUUUUUGCCGUACAGGCAGGACUUGUUUGGAAUUUUUACAAAUGUUAAUGGUUUAGGUAGAAAUUUUCCUCCUUUCUAAGUAGCAAAAAAAAAAAAAGAAAAU